AUGCUGCGGGAGGAUCGGGAAGCUGCCAAGGUUUCAUCUGCACUGGAGGAGCUCUACAGACGGCGGGAGGAUCGGGAAGCUGUCAUGGUCUCGGCUACGCUGGAGGACCUUCUGGAGGAUGUCGUUGGAUGGCUGGAGGUCGAGGAGCUGGCAGACCUCUGCAGACUGCCGUAUCAUCGGACCCGACACAGGAGCUAG